GAGUUCUAAGGGCGGGGCUGAGGCGGGAGCAUCAGCGCACCUCCCACUCUGGGCAAGGGUUCUUUGUGCCCACCGCAGCCGGCUUCCCUGGCAACCGUCUCCGGGGCAACGUAUGUUGUGGUUGCCGACUCCACGUUUGAACCGCCCAGGCCCAGGGAAGGCGGGCGAUGGGCAGGCCUGGGCUCUGGGAGGGAAAGGGUAGGGGACACAGCAGAACGGGAACCAUGGGGGCCUGCUGCGUGAGAAACCUCCACAACACGGAAGACUGUAAGGCCAGAGAGAAGCUGAAGAAAACCAAGAUCAUCUUUGUGGUGGGAGGGCCCGGCUCGGGGAAGGGCACCCAGUGUGAGAAGAUUGUCCAGAAGUACGGCUACACCCACCUCUCCACCGGGGACCUCCUGCGGGCCGAGGUCAGCUCGGGCUCGGCCAGGGGCAAGAUGCUGUCGGAAAUCAUGGAGAAGGGGCAGCUGGUGCCACUGGAGACAGUGUUGGACAUGCUCCGAGAUGCCAUGGUGGCCAAGGUAGAUACUUCCAAAGGCUUCCUGAUCGAUGGCUACCCUCGGGAAGUACAGCAGGGAGAGGAGUUUGAACGGAAGAUCGGACAGCCCACGCUGCUGCUGUAUGUGGACGCAGGCCCUGAGACCAUGACCCAGCGGCUCCUGAAGCGCGGAGAGACCAGCGGGCGGGUGGAUGACAAUGAGGAGACCAUCAAGAAGCGACUAGAGACCUACUACAAGGCCACGGAACCUGUCAUCGCCUUUUAUGAGAAACGUGGCAUCGUACGCAAGGUCAAUGCCGAAGGCUCCGUGGACAAUGUCUUCUCCCAAGUCUGCACCCACCUGGAUGCCCUCAAGUAACAGCACUGGAGCCCCUUCCCCUGCUGCCCGCCCCCCCACCCCCCCACCCCGUGCUGACCUGAGGCUGUCCUGGCCUGAGCUCAACGCCUCCACCCUGCCCGGCUGGAGCACAGACAGAGGAAGCCACUUUAUCCUGUUUUCAUGGACAGCCAAGCACUAAAGGAAUUUCCAAGGACA